GCCUUUAACACCAUCAGUGAGGGAUUUCAGCUCCUGUUGAGUGCCUGGCCCCAGAAGCAUUGCUGCCUUUAACACCAUCAGUGAGGGAUUUCAGCUCCUGUUGAGUGCCUGGCCCCAGAAGCGCUGCUGCCAGGUGCAGUUGUCCAGCAGCUCUGCAGGUCUGCCGGCAAUGGCAGGAUGGGCCCCAGUGCAAUCUUCCCCAAAAUGUGCACUGUACCCAAAUGUAAGUUAUUAUACACCACAACCAAGCUUCACCUGCGUGCUGAGUGAAGUCGUGCACUGAGCUCAAAGCAUCACCUUUGCUCUGAAGCUGUGAGGCCUGGCUCUAGGCACACAGGGUGACCUGCUCUGAGGGCACACCUGUGGCACCUGCACCCGAGCCCCCCUGGUGUCACAGGCCCUUCAUGCCGGGAUGAGAGGUCUGACCCUGGCCCCUCCUUCUCCACAGAGGCUGCAGAAGCUGCUCUUCAGGAACAGCACCCCCCUGUUCAGCAGCCAGUGGGCAGCAGCACGCUUCAGCUUCCACCAGGCACACUCCGACCUGGCCUACGCGCUGGAGGCAGGACAGGGAGGAACGGGAGCCAUUGUGGCAGCUGUACAAGCACACAUCAUCACAUACCUGCUCUUCACAAGAGAGACAGAAUCUACUCACCUGGAAAGGCUGUGCCAGGUCGGGCGGGGGGAGCAGGGGCAGGCACUGGCCACGGCCCUGGCAGAGACCCUGUGGGCAGCAGGAGGAGGGGGCAGAGCCGUCGUGUGCCUCGUCACCGCCCCUGUCACCGUGACGCCACGUGAAGGCUGCAGAGCCAACAGCUUCACAGAGAGAAUCCGGCUGUUUGAGUUCUCGGAGAAAGCUGCUGCUCAGGGGUUCAUCUCUGAUCACAUAAACUGUGCCGUGCUCAGCCUGCUCCUCACGGGGCGGGCGCGCCCGCGGGCGCUCGGCGGCACCGGGGACCCGGAGCGCGGCGCUGGCGAUGGGCACGGCGAGCCCCGGGGCCAGCGGGGCCCCGAGCCUGGCACUGCCCGGGGUCCCGGCACGGUCCGGGGUUCCUGGCACGGCCCGGGGUCCCGGCACGGCCCGGGGUUCCUGGCACGGCCCGGGGUUCCUGGCACGGCCCGGGGUUCCUGGCACGGCCCGGGGUUCCUGGCACUGCCUGGGGUUCCUGGCACGGUCCGGGGUUCCUGGCACUGCCCGGGGUUCCUGGCACGGCCCGGGGUUCCUGGCACACGUCCCCCUGCGCAGGUGAGCCCCGCGCUGCGGACGCCCCGGCUGCCCGUGUGGCUGUGCAGCCUCUCGGGCAGGCACAGCGUGCUCUUCGGCACCGACAGCCGGCUGCUCUCCGACUGGAAAUCCGAGAGAAUUUUCCACCUGUACUUCCACAGCGGGCAGCAGGAGCAGACCCGAACUGCCCACCUGACAAUAGGUACGGACCCAGGCUUGCCAGGGACUGAGGUAUGGGCAUCACAGACAACUGACUGGGUUUUUAAGAUUUUUUUAGACAUUUCUUUUUCAUUUCCUUUUCAGACACUCAUUCACAUCACUGGGAAGAGGCUCAGAGAGAAGGGCCCUGCAGCCCAGGGAGGAGGCGCCCAGCCCUGGAGAUGGCAAUCAGGACCAAGUGGGCCGGUGCGACCGUCAGCUGGAACGGGACCGACCCCUUCUUCUGAGGAGCGACCUUUGGUGCAUUGA